AUGUUCGGCACGUAUCCCGCUCUGGCAAACCUGCCAACCGCUGUCAAGAUCGACCCGAAAGAUAUCCCAUCUCCAACGCCAAUCACCCUGCCACAGAGCCGACCCCAGCUCAAAGCCUCUUCGGCGCCUACUGGUCCGACUAAGCCAUUGACUUCGGUUCUGCAAGAUAUCUAUCGCCCUGGAGAUAUCAAUACCGCCAUAUUCGACGCCUUGGGCAUACACCUCAUCCCGGAUGCUCCCACCGCAGAUCUCAUUCCUGACUCCGCUUACCUGCCCGACUUUGAGGGCUGGGGCAAGCUCUCCCCAGAGGAGGCACGUGAGAAGAAUGCGGAAACGCGCAUUGUUCUGAAUAACGGCGCUCAAUCGCCUGGCUGUCAGACCUUUCUCGAUCGUAAGCGUGAACUAUCUCACUCAAACGAGGAUGCUUUCCGAACUGUAAGGCGCAUUCCUGCGCCCAAAGGGCAGCAACAGGCACGCCUCGGCAACGCGUAUGAGUUUUUCAGGUGUCUGGAGGCAUUCACUACCUAUUGGGAUGACCCAACGAACCCGUAUGAGCAUACUAGGGAGACCGAAGGAGGCAAGGCCGCCGAUGGUACCAAAGCCGAGCAGGAUAAGCCACGAACCCCGGAGACACCUCGCAUCAUCCGCACCUCGGCAGGUUCAUCUAUGCCGGGUGAGUAUCGCCAGAGCCUGUUGACGGCCUUUCUCAAGCUUGUAGCAUACGAUUUUGGUUGCAAUGUCUCGGCUCCUAGGACGGAACCUCGUCUUCACGUCACGAGCGGGCCUUCGCCGCAACCCUCCAAGCGCCAAGCUGAGCUUCCACCCCCGAGGACCUCUUACUUUGCUUCCGGGUGUACCUUCAUCUUCCGGACCCCGCGAACGCGUGAGGCUGCCCGACAGGGCGUGGUUGAGGGCCCCCUCGCAGCCGUCUCCGCGCGUGCAAGCAUCUCCUUUGAGAAGGACAACGACGAGGUCAUCGACAUGGCUCGUGAGCUGGUGGCUGCCCUCAUCACCGCCCAGCACCGCGCACGAGAAGGGAAGACGGAGAAGAAGUUUGGUGACGGCGCGUGGUGGACCACGAAACCUCGCUGGGGAGGCGGUUCCGGAGGCCCCAUUGGCCGCGAAGUCGAACGAGAUGCCAUCCAGGGCGACAAGGACAGCGUCGACACCGAGAGGGGCCAGCCGGCCACCAAGAAACCGCGCAAGAACAUGUCCAUCUACGACAACUACCGCAUGGUCCGCCCGCCCUCUGCCAGCUGGGACCGCAAGACGCGCUACGAGGCCAUUGGCAAGGUCAAGGGCGCCGGCUACGAUGACAUCUACGUCAUCAGCUCCCUGUUCCACCACAUUAGUAUCCUGCGCGUGCGCGUGCCAGAGCGACUUCUGGACGUGCUCGAUGGCGCGACCGAGGACGAUGUCCACCGAAGCUGGGGGCAGGUCGAGGCUCGUCGCAGCCCGUGGUACGACUUCUUUGUUCUCGACGAGCGCAUUCAGGCCAUGAAGUUGGUUUGGUCGCUGAUGGGCUGGCUGAUGAGAAAGCCGGAGGAGGAGACGGCGGAGGAGACGGCGGAGGAGACGGCGGAGGAGACGGCGGAGAAGACGGAAGAAGAUGUCAAGAUGAUUGAUGCUUGA